GUCGCCGGUUUUCACUUCCUUGAUGCUCACAGCUAACAGAGCUGCACAAUGAAAAUACUCACUUUAUUCAGCUUAUUUGCCACCUAUUCAUCAGGAAACAUUAUCAACAUCGAGGAAAACGUAGGGCAGUUUUUUAGCAGUGGUCAUACAAACAACUGGGCUGUUCUGGUGUGUACAUCCAGAUUCUGGUUCAACUACCGUCAUGUGGCAAACACGUUAUCCGUCUACAGGAGUGUUAAGAGGCUGGGCAUUCCUGACAGCCACAUAGUUCUCAUGCUGGCUGAUGACAUGGCUUGUAACCACAGAAACCCCAAGCCUGCCACCGUGUUCAGCCACAAGAACAUGGAGCUGAACGUGUACGGUGACGACGUGGAGGUGGACUACAGAGGAUAUGAGGUGACCGUGGAGAACUUCCUUCGUGUUUUGACGGGCCGGCUGCCGCCCAGCACGCCGCGCUCCAAACGCCUCCUCGCUGACGACCGGAGCAACAUCCUCAUAUAUCUGACAGGCCAUGGUGGAAACGGCUUUCUGAAGUUCCAGGACUCUGAGGAGAUCAGUAACGUGGAGCUGGCCGACGCUUUUGAGCAGAUGUGGCAGAAGAGAAGGUAUAACGAGCUGCUCUUCAUCAUUGACACCUGUCAGGGCGCCUCCAUGUACGAGCGGUUUUACUCCCCAAACCUCAUGGCUCUGGCCAGCAGUCAGGUCGGAGAGGACUCUCUGUCGCAUCAGCCAGAUUUGGCCAUAGGAGUCCAUCUGAUGGACCGCUACACCUUCUACCUGCUGGAGUUCCUGGAAGACAUCCACCCUGCAAGCAAAUCCAACAUGAACGACCUGUUCAAAGUGUGUCCCAAGAGUCAGUGUGUGUCCACUCCGGGCCACCGUACUGACCUCUUCCUGAGGGACCCAGGAAGUGUCCUCAUCACUGAUUUCUUUGGCAGCGUGCGCAAAAUCGAGAUCACCAUGGAAACCAUCAACUUGACCGACCCCAUCCAACAGGUGGAGCUGAGUCCUGUCAAUGAAGAGCUUCAGAUAGAGAAGUACUCCUAUGCAGACCAGCUGCCGGUGUCUGAGAUCAUCCAUCAGAAACCAAAGCAGAGAGACUGGCACCCCCCUGAUGGCUUCAUCCUGGGCCUGUGGACUCUAAUCCUCCUGGUGUUUUUCAAGACGUACGGCAUGAAGCACCUCAAACACAUCUUCUGAGGCCUCAGCAUUCACACCGCUGGAUAUCGGAGGACACAGAGCUGCAGAUAUGGAGCUUUCGCUGAAGGGAUAUUAGAGGAAAGGGUGCGGGGUGUGACAGGCUUAUUUUUCCUGUAAAGUGGAAAGAGAUGUUUAGCACCACAAAUGCUUUCCCAGGAACUGUGUGUUGCAGUUGGUGCCUUUUAGUUUUCUUUUGGGUGAUUUCUUUCCGUUGAUGAAAUGUAAGCAUGUGUGUAUUUUUCCAAAUGUGACGAGGGACACACACUUCAAAGUCAUGCAUUGGAUUUGCAGUUCCUCAAUGCCACGGACAUUUGAUAUGUUUUAGGUUUUUCUUGGAUUUGUGUUUAUUUAUUUUGGUGUGGAAAGUGUCUGUGUUGUCGAGCCAUUCCAUUGUUAUUUGGUACAAAAAAUGCACUGAAUUUAUCUGCAGAUAAUUUAAUUUAUUUCUGAAAGCGCGCUACUCUACAUAUUUCAGUAGCGGCGGCGGCCUUUUAUUGUUUAAGUGCUACUCAGAGUGUCUGCUCGGUCAGGAGAAGGAAAGUGUGUGAUGAGGGCGGCUGAUUGGCUGUGAGUGGGCUGUGAAGAGAUUACUAUUUUAUGUCUCUCUUGUCUAUAUACAUUACACCCCUUGACUGUCAUAUCACGCUCGUGAAGGAUAACAAUCGCACGUAAUCCCAUCUCGCCCGAUGGACCCAUCCACUUUCCCAUUCACCAAAUUGCCCUCCCUGUGGAAACAUCCAUUAGCUCCCCAGCCGGGUACUCCGCUGAUUGUAUUCUGGAUGAUGGACGGCUAUUUCUCCGGCCAUUCCACGCCCGGCGCUACAGCAGCGAUAAGUGAGUGAUAACCUAGUAAGCUGCCGGCCGUCCUAAAUGAAUCUCCUCGGUGCUGUUCACCUCCUUUUGCCCCUCUCUCUUCCCCUGCAUGUGUAACUCCUCUGCAUUAGGCUCAUUGUUGGAGGGAGUGACUGAUUCUCAAAGCAUACGGGUUGAACCUGCGGUAGUUUGUCUUUGAGGAUCAUCCACUGCAACUGUGCUCUGCAGCUGAAGCAGAAAAUAGAUGGGAUUGGAAAUGAAACCAUAUGUAUCAGAGGGCAGCUGCUGCGUCAGCCACCAAAUACCUUUUUUCUUAUGCAUUAUGUAUGCAAUGCUUAUUUCUUCUUCCUCUCCGUGUAUAAUUUCCUGUAAUCUCAUUCUGCCUGGUCCCCUUUCCUAGAGAGCAAGAUCCUUUUGAUACCCUGAUUAAAGAUGAAACACUCAAUUAAAUGAA